AUGGCGUCUAUUAAUGGCGGUUCUGUUCUCUUCUUCUUCUUGACCUUUACUACAAUGGUGACAAAUUUGCAUGCCGACAUUGCAGAGUUUGAUGAUUUUUUGAAAAAGAAGGCUGAGCUUGCUCUAGAGGCCUCCCUCAAGGCAUAUAAUCCAAACCCUGAGGAAGUCGCUGAGAAUUUCAACAAACAAGUUGGGGAUUCACUUCACUUGCAAUCCUACGCAACUCAACGUGUACAAGUGACGAAGAGAGAUUACGCGAUGGAGAGCGAGUGGAAGGACUGGCAGUGGAGAUCGGAGGGAGACAAAUUCAUUAAUGGAGCAUUCUUCGUGGAGUCCGGGCCACCAUUGAAAGACAGUCCAUCCUCAGGGCAGAAAAUGAUCAAACAUAAGCCUGGUUCAUAUGCUGGUAGACUCACUCGCUAUGCCGGUAGACUCAAGUGCACUGUAGGCCAACCUUGUUAA